AUGGCCGAUCUAAGAAGUCUAUCCCGAGAUUUCCUAACGGAAUUUAUCGAGAUGUACCGGGAAAACCCGUGCCUGUGGCAAAUAAAAAAAGUGGAAAAAAAUGCAACCAAAGAAAGCGCCGUGAAGAAAAUUAAUUCGUUGAGGACGUGUUUUCGGAAGGAGUAUCGCAAGGUUUUGGCAUCUGAGAGAUCUGGGGUCGGCACAGAUGAAUUAUAUAUACCAACUUUGUGGUAUUAUGAAUUACUUACGUUUUUGUUGGAACAGGAAGAACCUAAACCUUCAAGAAGUACAAUUUCUGAUGAUGAGGGUGAUGAUGUGCAGGAGGAACAAAACACACAAUCACUUGGUCCGGAAGCGGAAACGCAACAGUCGAAUGAAGAGACAAAUGAAACGCAACGUUCCGAUUAUGAAAGUGACCCACUAUCCCCUACUGUGGAUAGAUCAAGAACUCCAUCAUCUACGACAGUAGUGGCUCACCGUUCUAGAUCAGGAUCUAGGGCACCAUCUUCUAAUGGAGGAAAAAGAAUGAAGAAGGCAGACGCCGUGCUGGAUAUUGUAGCUCAAAAGUUGCAAGCACCAAAUCCAAUUAGGGAAUUUGAUAACUUUGCACACCAUGUUGCUGAGCAACUCAGGGAGCCCAGUGUGGAACCCUAACGCGAAACUCUCGCAUUGUGUCUCAACCUGCUGAGUUACCUGCACCUGAAGGGUAUUAUGUUGCUCCUUUAGCCCCAGCCCAAAAUACGCACCAUACACAAAAUAGAGUUAGUCAAGCGAGCAUAUAUCCGGAUCACUGCCAACACCAGGCGCCAAUCUCGGAGGCACUGGCAAACUAUUUUAGCAAUGUCGCACCAUAACAAUGUGUGUUUGAUUCCUAUGUAAUAAUUAUAAAAUAUUUCUUACGUGGUUUCUUACCUUCAUGUAUUUAUCUUUUAGAACGGUUAUUAUUGCUUUGCAUGUUUCGGGGAUUAUCUGCGACAAUGCUUGGGGUGAUAUAAUUACGGAAAACUUCAAGUCUUCGAAAGUUCGACCUGUUGCUAGAAAUCGCAGCGUUGCAGUUAAUCUUUCGUGAGGAGUAAUUGCAGCUCUCAUUACAGUGUCUUUCUUUCUAAUUAAUGGAGCAACACUACACAGUAAUUCCUCAU